GAGGGUUCAGGCACUGGAUAAGCAGUCACUCCAGGAGUCAUUGUUAUCCAUCACAUCUAUUUCUCCAGGACAAAUAGAUGUGAGCAGUGAGCACAUAUUGACAGAUGAGAAUAUUUGGAUCAAAGAGCCUUUUGAGACCAGCUGAUUGAUUUUUGCGGGUGGAUAUCAGUUUGUUGGCCAGCGGUCCGUUGGAGAAACAAGUGUUGCCAUGGAAACUAUUUUGCUUGUCCUCUCUUCCCUCCUGGUGUGUGUGGCUGCUGUAGAAGACCUCAGUGCAAAGGAUGGCAAAGAGACAGAUGAAAACCCAUUUGUUUAUGAUUAUGAGAGCCUGAGGAUUGGGGGAUUGGCAUUUGCGGUGGUGCUGUUCACACUGGGCAUUCUUCUCAUCCUUAGUCGACGAUGCCGUUGUAAUAUCAACCAGAAGCCCAGGGCUCCCGGAGAUGAGGAGGCACAGGAAGAGAAUCUGAUUGUCUCCAUGGCUACAGCUGCCUCCAAAGAUACCCCAGCAGAGAACUGAGGCAACUCCACUGGACCGAGCUGACUUCUAAAGUUCUAUUUGAUAUCAAACCACUAUAAUGGUAAAGAAAUGGAUGGUUAUUAUAACUGGUUAUAGGACAGGCUAAGAAGGGAGGUAUACAUUUAGAAGUGUAAUAUGUAUAUACAUUUACAAACCUAUAGCCCGUUGUGCUCCGUUGUGACCGUGCCAGUCCCUCAGUGCUCUUGUCUGUUGCCGUGCCUUUCUGUGACAGUCUCUCACUUCAGUUCUUUGUCUUAGCCAGUUGCACCUUAGACACAAUAUUGUCUUUGAAGCCCUUGAAGGAGUUUUUGUGUUGUGUGGUCUGUUGUUGAUCGUACUAUCUACUGCCUUUAGGAUUCGGGAUUUGUCAAUUUGUUGUUUACUUUGUCAGUUGUCCUGGAAAAUGUUUGUCACAUUUUGAUUACAACAUAUAUGCAUAU